AGCUCUUGGACAAAACGCUCUGGUUGUGAAUGAAAGGGGCUGAGACGUCUAGUGGAUCUGUCAACACAGUUUCUUAGUACUUCCUCGUCUUUGCAAUGCACUAUUACCUGAACUCUUAACUUUAUUUUACCACGAUCAUGACUUGUGUUAUUAUAGCCCGCUAUUCACCACAUGAGGACCUCUUUGCAGAAGCUUUGUGUCGGUACAGUUACGGAGCAUCGCAGCCGCUGCCCUGGCACUUUCCCUCUUGUCUGCUUUCUAGCGCAGCACUUCAUAUUCGUAGCUGUGAAAUGAGCUGAAAUGGCAGAGAGAAGCCCCGUGUUUGUAAAUCUAUCAUCGGGUAGUGACAGCGGCAACGGGAAGCCCCGGUUUCCAUUGGUAGCCACUCUUUUGGCCACUGUGCUCGUUACUACCAUCGUGGUGGAUAUUCUGGGCAAUCUUCUUGUAAUCAUCUCGGUAUUCAGGAAUAAAAAACUCAGGAAGGCAGGAAAUGCCUUUGUGGUCAGUUUGGCUAUAGCAGACCUGGUGGUGGCCAUUUAUCCAUACCCUCUAGCUUUGACUGCAAUAAUUCAUGAUGGUUGGGACUUGGGUUACAUCCAUUGUCAAAUCAGUGGAUUCCUGAUGGGUCUGAGCGUCAUUGGCUCAAUCUUUAACAUAACAGGUAUUGCAAUUAACCGUUACUGCUACAUCUGCCACAGUGUAAAGUAUGACAAACUCUUCUCCAACAAGAAUACAGUCUGCUAUGUUGUCCUGGUCUGGGUCCUUACUGUUCUGGCAAUUGUACCUAACUUCUUUGUGGAGUCUCUACAGUAUGACCCUCGUGUCUACUCCUGUACAUUUUCACAAUCUGUUAGUUCAUUGUACACUAUCACUGUGGUGGUAGUGCACUUUAUUUUGCCAAUCAGCAUUGUAUCUUACUGCUACUUGCGAAUCUGGAUCCUUGUAAUUCAUGUCAGGAAGCGUGUGAAACCAGAAAACCGUCCCAAAAUGAAGCCCCAAGACUUCAGGAACUUUUUGACUAUGUUUGUGGUGUUUGUCCUUUUUGCUGUUUGUUGGGCACCGCUGAAUCUUAUAGGCCUGGCUGUAGCACUAAAUCCGAACCUGGGGAUUGCAGUUCCAGAAUGGCUUUUCACAGCAAGCUACUUCAUGGCCUAUUUCAACAGUUGCCUCAAUGCUGUGAUUUAUGGAGUUUUGAAUCAUAACUUCCGAAAGGAAUACAAACAAAUUGUGACAUCUGUUUUUAAGUUGCCUUUUUGAGCAGAAAUGUUUUUUGGCUUCUUCUGUCAAAAUGAAGAAAUGGUGUAUUUUUUAGUUAAUUCAGUUGUUUAAUUAUCAUGCAUGUUGUAACAAAUAUAUUCAUACAUUUUAAAAUUUUCAUUUUUAUCUGAGUAUAUAA